AUGGCCGACACACCGCAGGUCGUGUACAUGGGCUUGACCAGAAUUUCUGGGGACGACUUGCGCGAGCAGCUGGGACGUUUCUUCAAACGAGGUUCCUACGACCUCCUGAGGAAGAACUGCAAUUCAUUCACCGAUUGCGCCCUGUUCUUCCUGUUGGACGGGCUUCCGCUUCAAUGCAUUGUUGUCGAUUACCACUAG